AUAGGUGAAAAAUUUACCCGUACCUGAGAAAAUCAAAUAGCUCAAGUCCGAACACUGCGCGCUGUCUCCAUAAUCUGUGCAGGACUAAUAAAGUAUAGAUCACAAUAAAAAUAAUAAUCUAGAAUUGUUUGGUACAAUAAUGGAAAAAAGAGGACGGGAUUCCAAGCGCAAAGAUCGUCGCAGGGAUGAGUACUCGCGAAAUACAGUUAAACCGUUUAUGCAGGCUCCAGUGAUCCUCGAACGACCAAAUCGUAUAGAGCCUACUCAAUCUGAGCCUGUUGAUGAUCGAAAACAAUGUGAUCAGCCACGCCCAGCAAAACCAGAAGAGAUUAAAGCAGUUUUGCCAUUUUUCAGAAGGCAAACAAAGUUUCAGAUAGACACUGUAUUAAAAUGUCUAGGAGAUCAUCCGGGCCAUUUUGUUGUGGGUGUUGUAGGAAAGCAAGGGGUAGGAAAAUCCACCUUACUCUCAAGUCUUAUGCAGGACACCACUGAGGGAUUUGCAACGCAAAAUACAGAUAUAUUAGCUUAUGAAGGCCAUAAAACGUUGGGUAUAGAUAUGCAUAUCACAUCUGAACGAACAAUAUUACUUGACACAGAGCCGAUAUUAAGCUGGUCAGUGAUGGAUAGAGCAUUGAGAACUGGAGGUCUUGAAGGUCUACCACCUGAUAUUUGGAUAGAAAUGGAGUCCCUCUAUCAACUCGUGUUUAUGCUUUCUGUUUGUAAUGUGGUGAUGUUUGUUUCUGAAGGCUCAGAAGUAGAUAGCCUUAUACUACAAAGUCUUAGGCGAGCCGAGAUGCUUAAAGUUAAUCUGCCUGAAUUCCCUUUGAUUCCACUUUCAAGUCUGACGCAAGAUCCCCACUAUGUCGCUGAUAUUGUAUUUGUUGGUAACAAAUGUCAGGAUUUGGAAUUCACUUGGCGGCAUUACAGAAAUGCACAAACAGUACUAAAAAGUGCCCUGGCUGGAUCUUCUUUAAAGAUCUCAGGCCUCGUCUCUUUGGGAUAUGUGUUACCAGCAUUUGAUAUCCCAGAUCCUAUCAACCUGUUCUUCUUACCUACUACUAACCCUGCAAGUGGAGUCGAAUCAUUUGAUAUAUUAAUGGCUAGCUUGCGGGAUCAAGUCAUGGCAGCACCCCGUAGAGCUGGAAAGCGAGGCCAAGUGUCUGAAAAAGAAUGGUUUCGUAAUUCUGUAAAAACAUACGAACUGAUUCGAAAAUCUGAUCACUUUAUGGAUUACCUCAAGAUGGCUAAAAAGUUUAGAGACGGAUAAAGAAAAAUCUGAAGACUAUCACAAACAAUGCUCUACUUGGGUAAACAAAGCUGUUUUAUAUCAGCUACAACAUAAUCCGGCAAUUUUAUUGCAAGAAUUUCGGCUGAUAGUAGAAAAGGAAUUAUUAUAAUAGCCAAUUAUGUAUUUAGUAUAUUGCAUUCCAUUGAGCUGAAGUGUAUUUAAUAAAGUAAAUCGAGAAGAUGGACAGAGAGAUG